AUGGAUUCUGACUCCGACUCACCUUUUAACUACUCCUGGCCUUCCUUUCCUAAAAUGAAGAUUCGCCGGAGGGCAUCCAAACAAGAUCGCUCCUUUGAUGACCUCAAAAAAUCCAAGCUGCGCCCCGAAUUCCUUGCCACAGGCCAUCUCUCUAACAUGCUGAAUGGAGGUGAUGAAGUGUACGCGAACUGUAUGGUGAUAGACCAGGUUGGCGAUCUGGACAUCAGCUAUGUCAAUAUAGAGGGGAUUCAUGCCAACGCCAGUGCUGAAGCCGUGGGCUCCAGUCCGGGCUCCCAGAGCUGCAUGUACCUUCCUCCUGCGGAAAACAGCCCUGGUAUGUUGUUCCCAGGCAACGAAAUGAUGGCCAAUCCUGAAGCCAGACAGCCCUUACGUCCACACCUAGCUCCUAGCUCACACACUUCCAAUUAUCUUCAUUUAGGUCUUCAUGGAUCCAAGAGAGAACAAACUCAUCUUAAGAAAAGAAGUUCCAGCCUGGAUGCCUUGGAUGCAGACAGUGCCCGGGACGGGCAUUCUGAGCACGCUCACGUUUGCUGCACGUCCCAGUCUCACGGUUCUUCAAGAACAGGGACUCCUGCUGGGGAGGAAUUGGACUCCUUUGAGAACAACACACUGCCAGAUUUUCACAUCUCCAGGACCGAGUCACUUUCUCUAUCAAGUCAUCUACAGCCAAAGGAAUCCUUGCUUUCUGGAAUCCGCUCACGUUCUUAUUCCUGUUCAUCAACUAAAAUUUCUUUAGGAAAAACUCGAUUGGUGCGUGAUUUUCCAGUGUGCAAUUCAAACGAGGAGCAAAGAGCUUACAGCCUGUCGGAGCCUCCAAAAGACCAAAGAAUUCAGGAAGAAGAAUGGGAUAAAUACAUCAUACCUGCCAAAUCGGAGUCUGAAAAAUACAAAGUGAGCCGGACUUUCAGCUUCCUCAUGAACAGGAUGACUAGUCCUCGGAAUAAAUCCAAGAUGAAAAGCAAGGAUGGUAAAGACAAAGAGAAACUCAGUCGACAUCAGUGUGUCCCUGCGACAUUCUCUGGCGUCCCGCAGUGUUCAGCUUGUGACAAAUCAGUCCUGGGGAAAGAGUCAUUCCAGUGUUCCAACUGUAACACGAAUGUCCGCAAGGGCUGCCGAGACGCUGCGCCUGCGUGUCCCAAGAAAUUCCAAGAGAAAUACAACAAGAACAAACCACAGGCCAUCCUGGGAAACUCGUCAUUUAGAGACACUCCACAGCCAGCUCUCUCCUUGCACACUUCUUCCUCCAUGCCUGUUGGAUUGCCCACGGGAAGGAAGGAGACUGCAGGGCAGGUCCAUCCGUUGUCCAGAAGUGUCCCAGGCCCCACCUUGGAAAGCUUCAGGAGGUCAGUGACAUCCUUGGAGUCGGAAAGUGACGGUAGCAACUGCAGAAGCAGGUCCCACUCCGAUGAGCUGCUGCAGUCGGUGGGCUCAUCUCCCUCGGCGGAGUGCUUCAUAAUGGAAGAUGUCGUGGAUUCUUCUCUGUGGAGUGACCUCAGCAGUGAUGCCCAGGACUUUGAAGCAGAAUCCUGGAGUCUCGUGGUGGAUCCCCUGUUCUGUAGCCAGCAGGAGAAGGAUGUCAUCAAAAGACAGGAUGUCAUCUUUGAGCUAAUGCAGACAGAGAUGCAUCACAUCCAGACCCUGUUCAUCAUGUCUGAGAUCUUCAGGAAAGGCAUGAAAGAGGAGCUGCAGCUUGACCACAGCACUGUGGACAGGAUCUUCCCCUGUUUAGAUGAGUUGCUUGAAAUCCAUCGGCAUUUCUUCUACAGUAUGAAGGAGCGAAGGCAAGCGUCCUGCACUGGCAGUGAUAAGAAUUUUGUCAUCAACCGAAUUGGAGAUAUUCUGGUGCAACAGUUUUCAGAAGACAAUGCAAGUAAAAUGAAGACAAUAUAUGGGGAAUUCUGUAGCCAUCACAAAGAAGCAGUUAGCCUCUUCAAAGAGCUCCAGCAGAACAAAAAGUUUCAGAAUUUCAUUAAGCUCCGAAACAGUAAUCUCCUGGCGCGACGCCGAGGGAUUCCAGAAUGCAUUCUGCUGGUUACUCAGCGCAUCACCAAGUACCCAGUCUUGGUGGAAAGGAUAUUGCAGUACACAAAGGACAGAACAGAAGAACAUGAAGACUUAUGCAAAGCUCUGGCCUUGAUUAAAGACAUGAUUGCAGCCGUGGACCUCAAAGUCAACGAGUAUGAGAAAAACCAAAAGUGGCUGGAGAUCCUCAGUAAGAUUGAAAACAAAACAUGCACGAAGCUCAAGAGCGGCCACGUGUUCCGGAAGCAGGCGCUGCUAAGCAAGGAGAGGACUCUGUUACACGAUGGCGUCGUCUACUGGAAAACCGCCACCGGCCGUUUCAAAGAUAUCCUAGCUCUCCUUCUAACCGAUGUGCUGCUCUUUCUACAAGAAAAAGACCAGAAAUACAUCUUUGCAGCUGUUGAUCAGAAGCCAUCCGUCAUUUCCCUGCAGAAGCUCAUUGCCAGAGAAGUUGCUAAUGAGGAGAGGGGCAUGUUUCUGAUCAGUGCCUCUUCCGCUGGUCCUGAGAUGUAUGAAAUCCACACCACCUCCAAGGAGGAACGGAAUAACUGGAUGAGGCGGAUCCAGCAGGCAGUCGAAAGUUGCCCAGAGGAAGAUGGAGGAAGGACGAGUGAAUCUGAUGAAGAGAGGCGGAAAGCCGAGGCCAGAGUGGCCAGAAUUCAGCAAUGUCAAGAAAUACUCAGUAACCAAGACCAACAAAUUUGCACGUACUUGGAAGAGAAGUUGCAUAUCUAUGCCGAACUUGGGGAACUGAGUGGAUUUGAGGAUGUCCAUCUGGAACCCCACCUCCUCAUUAAACCUGACCCCGGGGAGCCUCCGCAGGCUGCAUCGCUACUGGCCGCAGCACUGAAAGAAGCUGAAAGCCUGCAGGUGGCGGUGAAGGCCUCGCAGGGGGGAGACGCCGGACAGUCCUGGGAAGAAGGCUGCGGAGAGGGGGUCUGCGUGGACACCCUGAGCUCCUGUGACGCGCUGGGCUCACCUGCUGUCCCAGUAGCCCCCGAGGGGACAGAAGAAAGAGGCUGUUGGGCUGAGGAUGGCGGGAGCCAAGGUGUGGGAACCGGCCAGGUGGGCCCUGACGCUGGAGAGAAGGUGGAACCCAGAAGCUUCCCAGGUUCCUCGCAGUCAGAGAUCAUACAGGCGAUACAGAAUUUAACGCGCCUCCUAUAUAGCCUUCAGGCCGCCUUGACCAUUCAGGACAGCCACAUCGAGAUCCACAAACUGGUUCUCCAGCAGCAGGAGAGCUUGGCCCCCAGCCUCUCCUUCCGAGGCAGCCCCUUUCCCGACCAGGACAAGUGCCGCCAUCCGGAGAAGCAGCGCGAGGAGCUGGCUGACAUCUAUAAGCUACGGCAUCAGUUCCAGCAGGAGCAGCGGCGCUGGCACCGCAGGUGCGACCAGCAGCAGCGGGAGCAGGAGGCCAAGGAGAGCCUGCUACAGGCACGAGAGCGCCAGUGCCAGUCCCAGGAGGAGCUGCUGCUGCGCAACCGGGGCGAGCUGGACCACCAGCUGCAGGAGUACCAGCAGAACCUGGAGCGGCUGCGCGAGGGCCAGCGCAUGGUGGAGAGAGAGCGCGAGCAGGUGCGCCUCCAGCAGAGUCUGCUGUCCCGCUGGAGACAUGGCCGCCAGAGGAGCCUGCCUGUGGCCUUCCCUGCAGGGGGAAAGGAGGUAAUGGAACUUACUAGAUCUGAGAGUUUAUGUCAUGAAAACUCAUUCUUCCUCAAUGACGCAUUAAUACGAACGCCACUGAAUGCUUUCAGCAAACCCAGUCCCUCAGGUGUCCAGCAGGAUGUCACUUACCCCCCAAGUGUAUCGCAUUUCGACUUGACCAGGACUUGUGCAAAUCAAGCAGAUCACAAGACAGGUGACCUCCCCCUCUUGGAUGUCAAUCACGAACUGUGGACUGCUGCUGGGUCCUGUCACCAGGCGCCUCCUCCCCAUGAAAGCAGGAAGGAUUCUUGUGCAAAUGAUCUGGACACUUCCCAGGCCGCGUCCCCAGUCCCUGACAACCCCAGCCCACUGCACCCUCCGCCGCAGACAUUUUCAACAGAAGCAAAGCUUGGUCUACAGACAGUGACCAGAGAAGAUGGGGAAACCAUAGACGAAGUGGAAGAAAACAUUGUUUACCUCUGAUUGCGUUGUCAUUGUUUUUCCAAAUCACACAAAACACUGGCACUUUGGGGAGAAACUUUUUUUUUUCUCCUAUACUCUAUGUCUGGGGGAUUGUGUCCAAAUUGUUUUAAGAGACAUAUUUACUAUUUCAUGCCAGUUCAUUUUGUUGGCAUGAAUCCGAUCAUUAAAUUAUUGAAAGCAGCUCUUUUUGUAUCAUCUUUAACUUAUCACAUCUAAUUUCAGAUUUCUGGAAGAGAAACUAAUUUGAAGAAGCAGAAAUAUUGCAAAAAAAAAAAUUGUUUUGGCCCCAUGGUAGAAUUCUGUAUUGCAUUUGCAGCCGUGUUGUCUGGGUGUUGAAGUGCCUUGAAGGGUGAUGUCUGUAAGGGAUCCAUUCUGGCAGCCACAGAGCGGCCCCAGGGCCCGCCCAGGCAGGACGAUGUGGAAGCAGCUCUUUCUCAGCUCGCGGUUAUGUACUGAUUUCUCUUGGGAACCUCAAGGGUAGAGACUGUUCAACCAAUAACGCCCUUCUUGGCCACCGUUCCAGAUGCAGGACCUGCUGGGGACCGGCACCAUUUCAAGCCACAGUUCAGCAGCCACAGCAGCAGCUGUCAGCACCACCUUGAGCCGGGAGCCCCCCAGCGAGUCCAUUCUGAUGUAAAUAAUGAAACUGCAUGGGAGCCCUCCCUCCUGGUCCCAUGCCGGUCCCAUGCCUUCCUGGAGCACUGACAGCCACCAAUCCCUGAAGGAGCUCCCCCUGUCCUCAUCCAAGAAAUAUCCUUUAUGCUCAGGGCAGCCUGAUCCUGGCCAUGCUCUUCCAUGUUGUGCAAAGCCAGUCCACCCUGCUGCCUUUAAAGUCC